AUGAAGGAGAAGGCCCAGGAGAUAGGGAAGACGGUAUGGAAGAUGAUCCGUAAGGUCGUCAAGAAGCCGUGGGAGUUCACGGGGCCGACAUCGCACCCCGAGUACGUGGAGGCGAACCAGAAGGCGACUGAGUACCGCCGCAUGUCGCCCGCCACGCCCGACGUGACGCCCAUCAUACCGCAGACGGAGCCCGACCGCAUCUUCGACAUCAGGUACCACACUCGCGAGACCCACCGCGUCGCGCCGCCCGUCAAGCUCGACUACGAGUACGAUCCCCACAACCCCGAGCACAUCCAGUUCGUCAAGAAGUUUAUCGACGAGAUGCCCCUGCCCCGGGCGUGGGUGUUAGGUCCCAAGCGCGGCAUCUGGGAGGAGGAGAAGGAUCGCCCAGAUGGGGGAUACCAGGUCGGCGGAGCCCGGGAGGCCCGAGAAGCUAGAGCCAAGGCGGCGGCAGCCAAGGCAGCGGCGGCGGAGGCCUCGGCGUGA